AUGCACUUCCCAAAAACAGAAUACCGUUGCCAAGGGCCGCACACGGAGGGCUGUAGCAGCCCUGUUGUGUCUAAGAGAACAAGGGGAAAGAAGAACCCUCUGGUGCUUCGUCAAGAACCUGAGCUGAGCUCAUUGAAGCUUGGUACUUUAGAAGAAUUGAUGCAAGCUAGAAGAUCAGUUCUUGAUCCUCCUUGGGAAGGUUCCAACUUGAUUCCAGGAGAUUUAAUCAUCAGAUCACAUGAAGGUCCAGAUGCUAGAGAGAAGAGAUCUGGCUUAGCUGGUACGGACUUAGGAUAUACAAUAGAUCACGAUGUUCAAUCUGGAAAGCUUAUCACUAUCUUCAGUGCUCCAGACUAUCCACAGUUCCAGGCAACGAGAGAGAGGUACAGAAACAAAGGAGCAUAUAUUAUAUUGCAGGCUCCUGACUUAUCUGAUCCUCAGUUUAGAAGUUUUGAAGCAGUUACUCCACGACCAAAGGCGAAUCCGUAUUAUGACUUUGAAAAUGAGAUGGAUAAGUCUGCAAUGGACGGCAACGAGGAACAAGCAGCAAGUCACUGA